UGAAUAAUACUCAAGCCCAACGGCCAUCACUGAAGAAACAGGUCUCGCUGGAAAUUUGUGGUGCAGAGACAGAGGGCUAUCUAUUAGAGAAUAGCCAAGAGAGGCAGGAGAUCUGUAAGGGAGAAGAAGGAGAGAAGAAUCCAACUGUAAAUGGAGGUCCUCUAACUCCACCACGGGCCCCAGGCCCCUGUAUUCCAGACAUGGGCCCACUGUCUGUGUAUGGGAGUCCUCUCCCUGUGUCUCCAGCUUUGGACCGCUGGAUCCGGCAGCGAGCUCGAGACCUGACUCUGCGAAGGGUGGACACCCAGCGGGCUUCUAAAGUGGUGAACAGUUUCAGAGACGGACUCCUGGAGUUCCUCAAAAACAACCAGGAGAAGCCUUACUUCCGACAGGCCAAAGUGCUCAACAGCGGCAGCUACUUUGAGAUGGUAAAGAUUAACAGCCCGAAUGAGUUUGACAUGAUGCUGAUUUUGCCCAUACCGAGGUUGAAUAUGACUGAGCUGGAGGAGUGUCCUGGCGUAUUCUACACACUCUCGCUCUGUCGGCAAGCUCGCUCAGAGAUACGCUCCUACCAGGUGAACAACCAACUGACCAUCUCUGCAGCAAAGAUCCGUGCAGACAUGCGAGACCUUGUUUGCAAAUUUAUCAGCGCAUACGAAGUGCCAUCUCUAGAUAGCGAAUGGAAGGUGUGUGUGGAGGACGCUAACUCCCCCGCCGUGACGCUGGAGCUGUGGAGGACGGGCAGCUCCGAGGCUGACCUGUCCAUAGACGUCGUGCCUGCGCUGGAGGUCUCCUCUCAGGGCUUGCCAGCCGCAGCACGUGCCGGGUCAAACGUGGACAACUGGCUGGGCAAGAAAGACCGUCGCAAACUCCUCAGUGCGGGCUUCUAUUUUGUGCCAAAGAUGCCCAGAGGAGAUGACCUCAGUGACAUGGCCAAAGAGAGCUGGCGGAUCUCAUUUUCACACUCUGAGAAGGAAAUCAUUAGGAAUCAUGGAAAUAGACGUACCUGCUGUGAGGGACAAUCUAACCGCUGUUGCCGUAAGACCUGCCUCCGUCUUCUGAAGCGGCUGAUUGAGGGUCUAAAGCAGCGUUAUCCUGAAGAGUUGGAACCACUGUGCUCCUACCAAGGAAAGACCAUCUUCUUCCAUGUUUUAUCUCGGCGUGGGGACGAUUCACAGUGGACUAUAGGGGACCUGUCAAAGUGCUUUCUAAUUCUCCUGAGUGCAUUUGAAGGUCACGUCCAAAGUGGAAAUCUCCCACAUUUCUUUGUGCCAAGUCACAAUCUCUUUGCUCCUCCAGCCUUUCCCCAGAGCACCUUGGAUUUCCUUGCGGCUGCUUUGAAGGAACAGAGGGAGUCAAAUCUACCCCUUCUGCAGACCCUACCACCCAUAGCUCUGCUGAGCUCACCUCCACCUCCACCUCCACCAAGCACCUCACCCCAACAAGAAACUCAAAUGGCUGACAUCUGCAAGAGUACCUCACCAGAGGUGGUGCAGAGAGUGGGUGCUACACCUUCUAGCAGCCCCCAGCUGGCAGCUCUACUUCACCUCUCAGAGUCCUACAGUGACAGGUCCUCCAUAAUCAUGACUGUGCUGGGGUUAAUGGUGGCUCUCAUGGGUGUUGGGCUGGGCUUUUUAAAGCUCAUGUAAAUGUGAGAGGGGGGUAAGCACGAUACGGGUGGUACACUAAGAAACAUAACUUAGAGUGUUUUAAGUAAUGACCGACCUAUAUCAAGACCAUUUUUGAGCAAGGUUUUAGAAAAAAGCCUAAUUUGUCUUUAACUUUCUUAUUUUUACAUGACGAACAUCUAAUUUCAAUCAGGUUUCAUGACAAUCUGCUCUGAUGGAAGUAACUAAUGACUUAUUGUUGAACACUGACUCGGGAAAUUGUUCAGUUUUAGAUUUGCUACUUAAGUGCAUCUUUUGGAUAUACUCAUUGAGCGUCUGGAGCACUGUGUAGUAAUUAGGGGCUUGGCCCCAUGGUAUAUCUCACACAUAAAGCACAGAACUGUCAACAUUGGGACAUUCCUCUCUGCACCUGAUGUUAGGUCUAUUUUGGGCCCUCUUCUUUUCUCCCUGUACAUGCUUUCGUCUGGUAAAAUUAUUCCUAAACAUAAUGUCUGUUUUCAUUGCUAUGCAGAUGAUCUGCAAUUGUAUCUACCUUUGUCCCUGGUGUUCUAUUAAAAGGCUCAAUGACUGUAUCAUGGAUAUCAAAACCUCGAUGGCCCACAGUUUUUGCCAGUAAAACUGAGGUUAUUCUGUUUGGUCCUCACAAGCAUGAGGGCCUGAAUCCUGGGUCCCCUAACCCCACCUAUUAAACCACAUGUCAAAAGUCUUGGGAGUGCUUUUUGAUCCAGAAUUGAAAUUUGAUAAACAAGUCAAUGCUGUUAAAGCAACACUAAAGCACUUUUCCUCUGUCGCACGCACACUUUGUUUAUCCAGCAAAUGACGAUGCACAGACAAGGUACUAUGUUGCAUGAUUUUAUGAAAGUAUGAUGUAUUGCGAAAUCAAAUUUGUAGUUUCUUAUGUCUCAUUUAAUCAGAAACACUACCCAAUCUGGUAAAGUUACAUGCGGUUAUAGCCGAUGGAGGGCCGCAAAGUUCACCCUGUUGUGAGUUGAUGAACCGCUGAAAUUAUUUUGGAAACAUUAUUUUAAAAAACUCUUUAGUGUUGCUUUAAGGCAUUAUAGCUAAAUUAAAUGUUUUUUGUUUGUUUGUUUGUUUGUUUGUUUUACUGCACUAGACCUAGAGAAACUCAUACAUGAUUGUAUUACCUCCAGAUUCGACUACUGCAAUGCCCUUUAUACAGGAGUUAGUGAAUCAUCUCUUGCUCAAUUACAGUGGGUCCUAAACGCACAAGCUAGACUGUUUACCGGGACAGGGAAACGAGAACAUAUCACUCCAGUACCGAAGGCCUUACACUGGCUUCCAUAUAGAAUCCAGUAUAGGCCUAUGCCUUCACAGCCCCUCUGGAACAGUUUACCACAUGACCUCAAAUCAGCAUCAUCUGUGAUCCUUACUAAAAACCCAUCUCUUCCAACUUGCAUUCAAAAGCAUUUGAGGCCUGUGGACAUGUGUGCCUUUAGUCUGUCUCAGUCUGGAGGUUCUGGUGAUUCUGUCUGAAAAAUAUAAACUCUGUCCUUUUCUUUUAUUGUCAAGCACUCUGAAUGUAAAUGUGCUGUAUGUAAUUAUUUACUAUAAAAAUCCUUUAUCCAAUCUAUCUGUUUUAACUUAAUUGAAAUUGUAUGACUGUGAAAGAAUAAAAGCUUUA